CUCUGGUACAUGUAUGGUGGGGUAAAUGAAUUUAUUAAAGCCAGCUCAAUUUUCCUCAAGGUCGCUGAGAUGUAUAAUAAGGUUAGAGCACGUGAUUGUCGGCGAGGUUGUACUUGUAGGUUAGGGUAAGCAUAAGGGCUAGUCCCAGGGUUAGGGUAAGGGUACGGAUUUACGCUAGACUUGUUUGCACCUCGUGACCUUUGACCAAACUUCAAGUUGACCUUAUCGAAUAGAUCUAACUAACGCACUGGAUCUAGCCAUACGGUACUGUAGUCUCUAUUACCCAGAAAAAUAUUCUACGAUCUCGAGACUAUUAUACUGGAGAGUGUCGAAGUUUGCCGGAUGAUUUUAGCUGUAACGGAAAUACCGGCCUAGCACUAUUUAUAACACAUGUGGAAAAACCUAUUAGCUCGUGACUGAAGGUUUUAUGGAAACAUAAUUUAGACUGGAUUUUUUGUCAGAAUUGUUAGAACUGAAACGAAAUAUUGAGUAGAAUAUUUGUGAAAUAAUUUCUAGUUCGGUUACUCGUAGAACCGGAUAUUGGACUGACAGUUCUCACCAUAUAUGCAAUUUCCAGGGAAUAUUCGAUUUGUAGAAAGCGGGUGUAUCAACAUACGUAGAUAUACGUCAUAUAAGGAUCUACAACCAUGAAAUAAUGGACGUGUAUGGGAUAAUUUAAUGGAUAUUGGAAAUUUGAAUCAACUAAUCCCGUAGACUGUUCACUUUCUGAAGAAUUAUAUUGACGCGCCUCGAUGGCUGACGCUCCACUUAAUCGACAUCAAAGACGACAGUUGCUUGAACGGAUGCGACAACAUGAAGCCGGUUUUGCUAGGUUUGUUAAUCGUCGACAAGCUACAGUAGCCACAUUAUUGGAACUGGCUGAUGAGUUAAACUCAAGCAAACGCAAGGUCAGGAUCAGUAAAAUUUUCGGUUCCGUUGGUGGAGUAGUUUCGGCAGGUUUAACGAUUGCUGGAUUGGCAACGAUACCCAUAUUUGGAGUUGGGGUUGGUUUAACUGCGGCGGGGGCUGUCUUGGGAGUUCUAUCUGGUACCACAAGUGCUGGAGCUGCCAUAGGCGAUAUUGUAGUUAGUAAAAACAGGAGAGAGCAAUGCAACCAAGUGCUCGAGGCAGAUAAUCAAGCUGUAUUGGAUUAUCAAAAUGCAAUGGAGGGACUUAUAUUAUUUAUUCAUUCCAUAAGAGGCGCCGCUCCUAUUGGUAGCGUAGUAACGGCAGGAAUUCAAUUAGUGAGAUUGGUGGACGUGCUCUUGGAUGCAUCUGGAGCCACAAUUAGAGGUGUUGGCGCUGCUAUUGACGCUGUGCCCAUAGUUGGAGCUGUGUUCAACCUAAUCACACUCCCCAUAGAUAUUGGUACCCUGAUAUCCAACGCAAGAGAUAUCCAUAAUUCCACCCCUCAUCAGGUAGCAGCAAGUAUCACCGAGGUAGCCCAGCAGUUGCAAGACCAACUUAGAGAGCUACAGCUAAGACAUGACGAGGAAAUGGAAGAACUACAAGAUGCUCUUUUAGGUCGAAUGGUUCCCCGUGAAAAUACAAUUUCAGCAAGAGAAAUUGCUUUUUAUGUUUGUGUAAUUGUUGUGCUAGCGAUUAUAAAUUUGGUUUUAUUCUGGUUCCAGGGGCCUGAUGGCCCGCCACUCCUGGCCUAUGACCUUCCAAUGCUUCCAUUUGAUUAGAAAGUGUGUUUUAUUAUCAGCCUAUUGAUGUAGCCCACUUAAAACCAGAUAUCAUCAUUUUCACACUAUCAGUAGUUUUAACAAUAAACGAUUCUAACUAUAUCAUACACAGAACUUUGUUUUAUGAAAGGGUAUAGCUGCUUAUAAGUCACGUCAUGUGGAGAACGUAACACAUCCCAAUUACAAUUUCUACAUAACAACUUUGAAACUCGUGCGACGUCAUUCGUUUGCGUCAGGUAUAUUAUGCUAUGUAACACUACAGAUAGCAGAAGAUCAGCAUAAUUGAUAAGACCUUUAUUAAGAACAUGAAAUAGACAUAAUUCGGUAGAAGCUCAAUUCCAUGUCAGACUUACUGUCAAUAAACACCUGCUUAUAUAGUGUUCAACAAUUAGGGAAGAUGGACAAGAGUGAUCAUCAUAUAUGGUAUUGUUUAUUUAUCAAAUUAUGAUAUCUGUAAUUACACUGCAUAUUUUUUUGGAUGUCAUUGUCAGGUCAUAGUAUGAUACACUGACAACUACUACAUUCUCUUUGAAGUUCUGCCUAGUGUUAUACACAUAUCAUGUGUAGCUUGUAAAGGACAUAUUGAAUUAAUUAGUUUUUUAAUACAGAGGUGAAACGUCAAUAUCAUAUAUUAUCAAAUCUGAGUUCAUGCACCUAAAUGAUCGUUCAAUUUGUUGAAAAAUAUAAAGAUCACUUUGUCACAGCUGAAAGGGGAAUGCUUAACUCAACACCUAAUAAGACCCCUUAAGAUGAAUUUUAAAUGUUUCUCUUUAGUUUUAAUAGUUUACCUUGAUGUGUAAUUCGUUAAUAUUUCCAGUACAAAAAUGGCAUAUUUGAUUUGUGUAGAUUUAAUUUUUAUUGAAAUAGUAUUUUGUUUCGAUUUACGGCAUAUUUUCAUGAUAAAAGAAUAAACCAUGACUACGUG